AACGAAUUUCUUUAAGCUUAAAAACAGUUUAUAUAUUUCUGGCUGUCGUAGUUGUAUUUGUAAUUACUACUCGUUAUUGUUCAGUGGUGCAAUGGGAUUGGUUCAUUUGUGAUCUGGCCUGCAUGAGGCACGGAUCACUUUGUAGAUGCUUAAGUGCUUUUCCAGGCAACUGUUCCUCAUCACUCAAAAACUGUAGACAAAUCUAACUUCUCUAACAGCCUGGUACAAAAAAAAAAAAAAAAAAAAAAAGUGUAUGCAACUGCGCUAGAUGCACGAAAUCCGAAGUGAAACACUACAUUAAAGCUCAUCCUGAUUGUUUUUUGUACACAGUGGAGAGAGUAAAGAUCAUCUGCACACCCUGUUGAUCAGCGAGGAUCUCCGUUUUAAGCGCGAGCGACACGGAUCCGAGCUCGUGCCACGUUCAGCCCGAGGACCGGGUGUCUGAUUUCUCAGUUCAGAGCCAUGGAUCAGCCAAGUGUUCGAAGUGAAACCGCAUAAUCGCAUAGUUUCCCUCUAAACCCUCGGUAUCAGCGUCAGGGCUGCUUGUCGCCUUUGUGCAGGGAGCGUCCUGCAUUCUGGGGAUAGAGGAGUGAGAGGAGAGAGGGAGGAGAGGAGGAGGAGGAGGAGGGGGGCACAGUUUCAGUGAGCGCAAAUAAUCAAAUAAUGGCAGAGAAAUGAGAAGGAAAACAAAAGCCAAGCGUAUUCUGGACUACGAAAAUGAGGAGCAAGACGAAAAAGAGGAGCAAAAACUGGACGAAUUCUACAGUAAUUAGAAUGACACGAGCCGCCUGUCCGACAGCACGGGCUGCAGAAACGGAGGAAACAAAUGGAUGCUGCCAAACAGCUAGUGGAGGAGAAUUCACCAGGAGCCGCGGGGCUCCAGAAGUUGGACAUGAGGGGUUAUGGGCUCGACUGCUCUCCUGCAGGCAGUUUCGAUGAAGGACAUCCCACCACAGAGCAGGAGGCUGAAUAUUUACAGUCUUAUUCGAAGAUGGAACUAAUUGCCAUGGUUCUAUGCAUGCAGCGGGAAAUGGAGAGUUUAAAGGAACAACUACGGUGCCUUACAGCGUGUGGAAAGCUGGCUAAAAACCUAGAGGCCCUGAUUGAGAGGACCCAAGUGUGGCCUAAUGGAGAUAAGAAGUCACCUCUUCCUGUUUCCACCAGCCCCAUGACCGAGCCUGUUGAAGUGGAUGCUUUAAUGCCGACUAUGCCGUAUGCCUCAGGUGUUAUGAAUGGGCAGUGGGUCAAGCAGGAACCUCUUACUCAUAAAUCUAAUGAGGUCUCCAACAGGAAUGGUCUCUUCACAGAGUUUAUUACACCUGAACUUUUGGAGAGGUGCAACACUGGCACCACUGCCCAGAAGCUGACCAAUGAUCUGUUGCGUGGACUGUAUGAGAGAGACUGUUUGGCCUCCCAUUCAAUCUCUGGUGUAGUGUACAAUAAGAGGGGUCAACCCAAACCCGCCCUGCCCACUGAAGAGGUGCAGGCUAUUCUGAGAACCGUCCAGUAUUUUUUUCCUGGGAAAACUGAUGCUGAGAUUAAGGGCUACAUUCGUCAAAAACUGCAAAACGAAGCAAAAAGAUUGAGGAAAAAACCUCCACACUCUGGACCAGAACCUAGAGCUCUGAGUUUAUCCAGCCCUAGAUCAAGUAAUCUUCAGUUGGAUUUAAUUGGACAAAAAUCAAAUGUUUGAUUAGCAGUGAUUGUUUUUUCAACAAACAAACUAGCCUUAUUCACUGCUAAUUAUGACCAGUACAGAUUAUUACCUAUUUAUUUUUAUUUUUAUUUUUUUGGGACUGUCCUGAAAAAUGUUAUCGCUUGACAAAAUUGACUAUGACAAAAAGCGGAUAAAAGCAAUUAAAUAUAGUUCAGAUGGUCUCCAACUAUUAAGAAAACACUCAGUAAUAAGAAUAGAUAUUAAUGUGGGUCUGUAAACACUUCAUGUUUUGUAUUUAAUUGCUGUGUACUAGCUACACUGCACAAUAAGGUGUGAACAUUAUUUUCCUUGUAUCAUAAAUGUAUUUCUUACUAAAUUAUGGUCCUUAUUACUCAACUGUAGCUUUAUGUAUGUAAUUUUUUUGUUAUUAAAAUGAUGUAAAAGCAAGCAA